GCCAUUUCCCAUCCACUUAUUUUCUUGCAGCCAAACAAUAUGUAGUUUUUAUUUUGUGUGUAAUUAUUAAAAUCUUUGAAAUCUUAUUCUAUUCACUGCUGACAUUAAGAGAUGUUUAAUCAUGUUUAAAAUAUUUAUAUAAUAAAUGUAAAUCAUCAAUAAACUUAAAAGCAAAGAAGAAUACAGGAACUUUUGAAAAUGACAUCUAAUAUUGUUAUUCAUUCUUGUGAAAAAGGGGGAACAAAACAUUAGAAUAGACAUUAAAAGACCAAGAAGUCAAUAACAGGCACACGGUUGUUCAUACGGUCUAACAGCUGGCAAUCAGACACCAGAGAUAAACUUAAAUGAAAACUGAAUAUCUGAUUUAAGAAGUGUGACUGGCAUCAAAAUCUUAAUGGUUCAAUGUGAACAUGGCUUCUCUUUAAGAAAGGCGGUUGUGGGGGAUGUAAAAAAUUACUUAUUUGAUUUUUUUUUUCAUAAAGUUUUGAAAAGGCCUGAGAGGGUUUUUUUUUCUUAAAAGCUGCCACAGAUGUGGCAUUCUCACCAGUCUAAUAAUCAUGCAUGAUGUCCUGGAUUUGAGUAUUACUAGGGAGUGUUUUCUUCAUGUACUAAUCCACCCUCUUUUGCUUAAGAUGUUCAAGUUUGUAGUUGUAUUGUGGUUAUUUUCCCUGGGAAAUAUACAAGGCCAGACAUCGUGUCCAAACACACCUUGUUCAAUGCCACUUCAAUAUGUCUGUGGAGAUGAUGGAAAAACCUACUUUUGUCAGAGCUAUGUGAACUAUAAGAACUGCAGAGACAAGACCAGUAUUAGGGUCGUGCACAGUGGAACAUGCGGAAGUGUCCCAAACCAGUCCAACACCAGUCAGAUGACAGGCAAACCUACCACAAACCAACCCAGUUCUACUGCAAAACCAGUUAUUAACUACUGUGCUCAGAAUUGUUCUGACAAACCUGGAUUUUACUGUGAUAGUAAAGGAGGGAAAUAUGGAAGCCAGUGUGCUCUGCACCGAGUCCUGUGUAUCGUUCAGAAAAUACCAUUCUCAAGCCUAAAGGAAGUGCCAUGCAUGCCAGCAGAAUGGAGCAAAUGGAUUAAAAUUCCUCUUGACAUUGCAAAAGAAGUUGGAUCCAAUUUUAUUAAGAUUCCUGUAAACCUUGCAAAUGUAAUAUUGCCCAUCAUUGGGUAAAUGUCUGUGACAACUGACAUUUGUUCCCAUGAGGAAUUUAAGAUAUUUAAACCACACUGGUAUAGAAAACCAUGUCUAGGGUACAUAAAACAUUGAACAUAUUUAGUGAUGCAGAUAAGUGACAAAGUAGCAAUUGACAUACUGUUAUAAAUUGACAGCAUUCAUUUUUGAAUUCAUGUUUGCCUAUAAAAAGUACAUUUAUGGAUAAUAUAAGUACUGGCAUGUGCAUUUUAUUUCUUGUAUCCUGUAUAUAUUUUUUCAUUUUUGAGUAACUUGUUACUUUUUAAUUCAUUCCCUGUUAAAAAGUAACACCUUUAAAUAUGAUCAUAAUGUUUUGUGACAUUUUAUAGCCAAAUCUCUUUACACUUGUUCCAAAAUAAAAUUAGUUGCUGAUAUUUUUGUGGAUCCAUAAUAAGACUUUUUGUUGAUGCAUCUAAUUUUUUUGUCUUCUUGACAUAAUUACAAUACAUCAGCUCCAUAACUCAAAAGGAAAGAUGGCAGUUCAUUAGUGCAAAUUACACUAUUACAACUAUUUUGAUUGAAAUUUUGAUACUUUUAUCUUAAUUGAAUCUUGGCUAAUCAUUAGUUUUCCAUUCAUUCAAAACACCCCAAACUUGUUUCUUGAGAUAAUUUUUGCUGCUGUUCUUCCAAUUGAAGUAUUCAAUAUAAAUGUUCCUACUGUGCCGCAAAUCACUUAAUUUUGCUAUUAAAUGAAAAAAAAACACUCAUCUUUAAAACAAAAGGUCUUAUAUAGACAUAUGGAAUCAGAAUGCCUCUUGGUAUCAGACAACCUGCUAUGAUAUCCUCAGGUCUUGUGGGUCACAUGCAUCUCUAAUUAUAAGUUAUCUUGAAGUUUCUUCUACGAGGCCAUCUUGACCAUGUGAAUAUACCAUGCUUACCAAAAUCCAUAUGGCAUGUUCUGACAGGGCCUAGUUAUGCCAAGGGGGGCACAAAAGGUCAUGUAUAUUUAUAUAAUAAGAAGAUUGCAUGGGUCCAUGAUAAAUCUUAUACAGACCUAAGACUGUGCUUCAGCCAGGUUGAUAUCUGGGUUACACUAUAAAGAUGUUGAAGUUACUGCUCACUUUGUUUUGUUUAUUUGCAGGCAGUGUGAAUGGUCAAGCUUCAGUAUGUUCCCAGUCUUGCCCUGAGGAAUAUAAACCGUUAUGUGGGACAGACAUGAGAACAUAUGGAAACAGAUGUGAGAUAGAAGUAGCAAUUUGUAUGAGUAAACAACAAGGAAAAAAUCUGGCAAUAUUGGGAGAAACAGAGUGUUCAAAGUUGACCUUGACAUCAACAACAAAAGAACCAACCACAACCACUCCAGAACCAACCACCACCUCAAAACCAACUACAACUUCUGAACCUACAACCACUCCAGAACUAACCACAAAGACUAAACCUACAACCACCCUAGAAUCAACCACAAUACUUAAGACUACAUCAGCCAGCCCAGAAGCAACUACAACUUCCCCUGAACCAACCACCACCUCAAGACUAACUUCAACUUCUGAACCUACAACCACUCCAGAAGCAACCACAACACCUGAGCCUACAACAACUCAAGAACCAACCACAACACUUAAACCUACUUCAACCACUCAAGAAGCAACUACAACUACUCCAGAACCAACAACAUCCACUGCAGAACCACCAAAAACCCUUGAACCAUCCACAGCUACACCGAAAGCAACCCCAAAACCAACUAUGACCACCCUGAAACCAAAUACUUCUCUGAAGCCAUCUACAACCCCAAAGGCAAAAACAUCCAUUCUGGAAUUAACCACCACCCCUGAAUCAACAACCACCACAUUACCAACACCAUCUACCCCAAAAGCAACACCAUCUGCCCCAGAGCCAACUCCAUCUACCCCCAAACCAACCCUACCUGCUCCAAAGCCAACUCCAUCUAUUCUGCAACCAACUCCAUCUAUCCCACAACCAACGCCAUCUACUCAAAAACCUACCUUUAUACCAACUCCAUCAACAAUGGCACCAACUCCCUCGUCAAGAAAACCAACAACCUCAAGGAAGCCAACCACUACUCUUCAACCCAUAAAACCUACUCCCACAGCUGCCAAGCAGACGUGUGUCCACAAAGGAUGCCCUACACCAUAUAAGUAUGUGUGUGGAAACAAUGGAAGGACAUAUUAUUGUGAAAAUGGCCUAGACUAUUGGAAUUGUGUCAAUGGUAAGAGUGUCAAAUUGGUGUCAAGACGCAAAUGCAGUAGACUCAGCUCUCCACUGAGUGCCUGUGUUUACAAAAGAUGCCCACAGCCAUUCAAAACCCUGUGUGCAAGUGAUGGUAUAACUUACAGGUGUCAAAAUUCCUUGGACUAUUGGAUGUGUGUUGAAAGAAUUGGUGCAACCAAGUUGUAUGAUGGAACUUGUAAAAAGCCUGCAACCCCAGCACAGUUCAAAGGAACAACAACUUCCAAACCAACCACCAAACCAAAACCAAAAUGUGUACACAAAGGCUGCCCUGAACCAUACAGAUAUGUGUGUGGAUCCGACAGAAGAACUUAUUACUGUCAGAAUGGUUUAGACUACUGGAACUGUGUGAAAGGAACCAAUGUCAAACGAAUCUACAGGGGGCACUGCUUCAGCAGCUUUUCUCUUCAAAGCGCAUGUGUUCACAAUGGAUGCCCAUAUCCUUAUCAGUAUGUGUGUGGAACUGACAGGAGAGAUUAUUAUUGUGAAAAUUCCUUGAAAUACUGGAAGUGUGUGGAAGGUACAAACGUGAAAGUGAUGAAAAAGGGUCACUGUUAUUCCUCAAUUUUUGGAUAAUACAAUUUUAUCGCCCUACAGUUUGGCAGAUCAGAUGGAUAAUAUCUUUAGAAAACUCUUCAAUUUCACUUUUUGUCCUAUAUAUGCUCAUAUACAAAGACUGACAUUUUCAAAUAAAAAGAUUGCAAGCUGGUAUCUCCCUAUAUUAUCAAUAUUCCACAGAUGUAAUGUUUUUUUUUAUUAAAAUUUUGACAUUUUUAUUUCCAACAGUGUAAAUUCAGUUGGAAAUGGUGUAUAAGUAAAAUUUAUACUGGGGAUGAGUCUCUUUGCAGAGUUGUUUUGAUCAAUUCUUUAAGGAAAUGUAACAAUUGAUUUUAAUUAUGAGAAGAAUGUAUGAAGAUACA